CACAUGCAGGCCCGGACACAGCCCCUAGCCCAGGUCCUACCUUUCUCUUUCGGAGGAGCCCUUCGAGAUGCUGGGCUCCAACUGCCUGUUGUAAAGGGGGGUGCCAGGUGGAAAAGCCUGCAGCGCACCCUGAAGGAAGUUGCCUACAUCCUCCUCUGCUGCUGGUGUAUCAAGAAGCUGCUGGAUUAAUGGCAGGAAACUGCCUCCCCACCAGCACCACAGGUGGCAUAGCUCAGUGCCCAGCUCAACCCCCAUUAAGACUCCUGGGGCCACUUGUGUUUGACCAAGGAUGAAC